AUGUCGAAAGAUGCAAAAAGUAUGGUUUGGGACUAUUUGGUCUUCAUUAUAUUCGUGAUAGCCAGUACGUUCGUGGCAGUAUAUUCGAAGUUUUUCGGACCCAAAGAAAAGACGAAAGCUGAUUACGUUUUUGCGGCUGGAAAAGUAUCAAUGGCGGCCAUGAUGUUGAGUAUAGCUAGAGGGACGCUAGGAGUACGGUCGUUUCUAGGUUAUCCUUCGGAACUAUUCUACAGAGGAGCCACAAUGUGGGAGACCCUCUACGGCAUGGUCCUGGCCUAUCCGAUAGUUUGUUUUAUAUUCGUUCCAGUGUAUUUCAGCCUCGGAAUAACUUCUGUUUAUCAAUAUUUACACCUCAGGUUCAAAUCCCAGUUCGUGAAGCAAUUGGCGUCCGGGACGUACAUCGUGAGAGCUCUGCUCAACCAGGGUGUGACAGUUUUCACUCCUUGUGUAGCUCUUAACACUGUUAUUGGAAUUCCUUAUUGGGCUUCCAUCUCAGGCAUUUCGAUAGUCAGCAUUAUUUUCAAUAUACUGGGAGGUCUGAAGGCUGCCAUUUGGGCCGAUGUGAUGCAGGGCGUUACUAUGAUCAUAGUCAGCAUGGCCAUCAUAUUUCAAGGAUGUUUCGAAGCAGGUGGUCCUGCCAGAGUCGUCUCGAUUAACAAGGAGGAUGGAAGGCUAAAUUUUUUCAAUUUUAGCUUUGAUCUGACUACAAGAGUUACAACUACCUCGGCCAUAAUUGGACAACUGUUUAUGUCAGUUUCAAUUUUUGGAUGUCAACAAAAUUUCGUUCAAAGGUAUUGCAGCAUGGACUCGCAGAAACAAGUAACAAGGACCAUGAUGUGGAACAUCCCCGUAAUCACCGUACUAUUCAGUUUAUCCUGGGUGGUAGGAAUGGUGGUUUACGCGGUCUACGCCAGCUGUGAUCCACUGUCGGCAGGAUACAUUCAGAAAUAUGACGAAGUCCUUCCAUUUUUCGUGGAGGAUCGUUUCAGCUAUUUGCCAGGCAUUUUGGGAUUGUUUAUGGCUAGCCUUUUCAAUGGGGCGCUUAGCUUGAACGUGUCGAAUCUCAACUCCCUAGCGACGGUGACCUUCGAGGACUUCAUCCGUCCGAUUCCCAUAUUCAGUAAUCUGAAGGACUCCCGACAACUGUGGGCCAUCAAAUUCAUCGGGGUCGUUUAUGGGCUGGUCAUCAUGGGAAUCAGUUUCGGAGUCGGUCUGUUGGAUGGCGUCAUAGAAUCCUCCAUGUUGGUCACUUCGGCCACUUCGGGGCCUCUGCUCGGAGUAUUCGUGAUGGCACUGCUAAUUCCGUGCGCCAAUUGGAAGGGAGCUUCCGUUGGUAUGAUCGCAGGACACAUGGUCACGCUGUGGAUUACGUUUGGAGGUUUAACGAUUGAAAAACCACCAGCAAACUAUCUAGAUUUACAUACCGAUGGAUGCAGCAAUUCUUCAUUCAACCCUCACAUUUUAUUACCCGAACAUAACGUUCUAAGCUGGACGCCGACUACAACUCCUUUACCUUACUUCAUCUACAACGACACGCAUAGUCUGUUGAACACUACUAGAGCCGCUCCUUCAGAUCCUCUUACACAGCUCUACUCGGUCACGUAUAUGUACUACUCCUGCAUCGGUUGCUUCAUCACGAUCCUCUUCGGAUGGGCCGUUUCCUACUUUACCGGCAGCGAGAAUGACAGAUAUGACGAAGAACUCAUUCACCCGCUCGCUCGUAAAAUGGCGAACAUUUUUCCCGGUAAGAAACGAAUUUAUUCGCAAAAAGCCGAGUGUCUCGAUGAAAAAUCCGAAAAGCACGGAAAGAGUGACAGCUACAUGCAACCCUCUACAAGUCUGAGUACCCAAGACCUCAAAAAAGGAAGCAUUAACCCUACUUUUAGCCCGGAUAUGACGGAUGGGUCUGUCGACGGUAUUUUCAAAACGAAAUUGUGA